AUGAAGCAUUAUGGAACAUCUCUUCCUCAAUUAAAUCUAAUACCUGCUUUACCUAAAAAUCCACGUAAUUAUCCAAUUAUAUUGAUUGGUACUGGUGCAAUUGCUACUUUAGGACAUUUACCAGCUUAUAAAAUAGCUGGAUUUUUCUUAUAUAAUACAAUCAAUGAAGUAUGUACAACAUCAACGAAUGAAAAUAUUAUUUUUGAUUUAGCUGUUCCAUCAAAUCAGAUACAAUCUAUUCUCAAACAACUUCCAAGAAAUUCUCAUGCACUUAUUCAAAAACUAAUGGGUGAAAAUCUUAUUGAUGCUCAAUCAAUUGUUAAUGUAUGUAAACAACGUCAUAUUUAUGGUUCAGUAAAUUUUCAACUUCGUUAUGCUCCUUAUAUUCUUGCUCUUAAAGAUGCUAUUCGUCUUGGUUGGUUAAGUCAACGAUUAACAACUAUUGAAAUACAUGUUAAUGUACAUAUGCCAUGA